AUGGAAGAGAGGUUAUCUGCUCUGAUCUGGAUAUAUAAUAACACCACAAAGGAACUGAACACUUCACUCAGAAACACCACUACGAGUGAAAACUCUGAAAGAUACCAGUUUUACAUGAUUGGCCUCUUUCUGUCCUGCCUGUACACCAUCCUUCUUUUUCCCAUUGGAUUUAUUGGGAACAUCCUGAUUUUGGUGGUUAACCUGACUCACAGAGAAAAGAUGACCAUUCCUGAUCUCUACUUUGUUAAUUUGGCUUUGGCCGACCUCAUCCUGGUGGCAGAUUCCCUCAUUGAGGUUUUCAACCUGAAUGAGAAGUACUACGACUACGCCAUCCUCUGCACCUUUAUGUCCCUCUUCCUGCAGAUCAACAUGUACAGCAGCAUCUUCUUCCUGACAUGGAUGAGCUUCGACAGAUACAUUGCCUUGGCCAGCUCUAUGAGCAGAUGCCCGAUGAGGACUAUGCAUCACGCCAAGCUGAGCUGUGGCCUCAUCUGGAUGGCCUCCAUCUUGGCCACCCUUCUACCCUUCACUAUUGUACAGACCCAACACAGGGGAGAGGUACACUUCUGCUUUGCCAAUGUCUCUGAAAUCCAGUGGCUGGAGGUGACCAUCGGCUUCUUGAUCCCCUUCUCCAUCAUUGGUCUCUGCUACUCCCUAAUCGUUCGAAUCCUCAUGAGGGCCCAGAAGCAUCGUGGGUUGUGGCCGAGGCGACAGAAGGCCCUGCGCAUGAUUGUGGUGGUGGUUCUGGUGUUCUUCAUCUGCUGGCUGCCAGAAAAUGUCUUCAUAAGCAUCCAGCUGCUGCAGGGCACCGCCAACCCAUCUAAGAGGACUGCUACCACCCUGUGGCAUGACUACCCACUCACAGGCCACAUUGUUAACCUGGCAGCAUUCUCUAACAGCUGCCUUAACCCCAUUAUCUACAGCUUUCUCGGGGAAACCUUCAGGGACAAACUGCGCCUCUUUGUCAAGCAGAAGGCCAGCUGGUCCGCGGUGGAUCGCUUCUGCCACCAUGGCCUUGAUUUACACCUCCCUGUCAGGGACAAAGUUUCAGAGGUGUGA